AUGGGAAAGUUUAUAGGUCAUUUAUACCCAGGGCUAUAUCUUUUCUCUUAUGGACUGUAUCAGGCCGCAGUGGUCUCUAAGGCCAUGAUAGUCAGUGACUCACUCCUCUAUCUUUCAUGCCCCCCCAGGAAUAAGGGAAGAUGGGCCAGGCUGUGGAGAAUAUCCUACGGAGGUUUGCUGAAGAUGGUGACUGGCUCCAUCUUAACAGUUUAUGUGGUCUUCUGUCUUGAUGAUAGGAUGGUGCUCAUGGACAAGAAGUACCCACCGAGAUUUCUGUACCCCAAAGAGUGGCAGCAUCUCACCAUGUUCAUCCUCCUCACCCUCAAUGGCUGUGUAGAUGUCAUGAGCAGGAAUUUGCUGCCUCAGAGGUGUGUGCUUCUAGAAAAAGGUACCCUGGUCCUGACCUUCUACGUGCUCCUGCUCUUGUUGGUAUCACAUGUCCAGGACACAACAGGGAUAGAGCUUCAGAUUCAUUAUCUGCUCAUCUUGGUGGUGUUCCUAUUGAUGCUGGUGUUGACUAUAGAGCUGUGGACUCCCGACACAUUUCAACUCUUGCUGAUUGAGGCUUUUCUGUUUCUGAUGAUGGGCUCUUGGCUGAUGCAGGCUGGCUUUGUUCUGUACAGGCCAGUCACUGGCUACCCAUGGCAGGAUGAUGACAUCAGUGACAUCAUGUUUGUCACCACCUUCUUCUGUUGGCAUGUGAUGAUCAAUGCCUUGUGUCUGCUGGGAAUCUAUGGCCUCUCUGCCCUCUGGCAUCGUUGUCACUGCCCCAGCUUGAAGCUGAUGGGAUCCAAAGAAGCUCCAUAUCACAAGGGCACAGUAGGACCCCUUUACAAAUUGCUGCAGGAAGUGGAGCAGUCAGAGAAAGAUGAGCAGGCUCUUCUCCUUUCAAAAAGCUCUUCCUGA